CGGCGCCCCCGCCUCGGGAGCGCGUACGCCGCAGCCCUGUCGUACCUGGGGCUCGGGGGAGCCGCGCGAGGAGUCCGAGCCGAAGCCGAACCGAAGCCGAGCCGAAGCCGAGCGGAAGCCGGUGCUCGGUGUUUGCCCCGCUGCUGCCUCCGGCGGGGCAGCCGUCUGUCCGGGGCCGCCGCCGCUCCCGGGGCCGCGGGCCGGGGAAGGGAAGGUGGCGGGGCAGAGCGGGGCUCCCGGACGGUCGAGGCAGCCGGCCCGAAAGGUGGGCUUCUCUCCCGGCCCCCCGGCCCCCGCCCCAUGGGAGGCCCCUGGAGGAUCUGAGCGGCUGGGAGGCAAGUUACUAUUCUAGAAAAUGAUGCAUCCGGUCGCCAGCGGUAAUCCGGCUUUCUGUGGAACCGGCAAAGCCUCCUGCCUCAACGAAGACAGUGUGAGAGCCGCCGAGCAGUUUGACUUGUAUUCCGCCCAGCAGAGCAAAUACAGCCACGCGGUCGGCCACAAGCCUAUCGCCUGCCAGAGGCAAGACCCGCUCGCCGAGACGCACUUGCAGGCCCCGGGCGGCCGGAGCCUGGAGGCCAAAGACGAACUCAAGAAAAAGAAAAACCUCAACCGAUCCGGUAAGCGUGGCCGGCCCUCGGGGACCACCAAGUCAGCGGGAUACCGGACCAGCACCGGCCGACCGCUCGGGACCACCAAGGCAGCUGGAUUUAAGACAAGCCCAGGCAGACCCUUGGGUACCACCAAAGCUGCGGGAUACAAAGUCAGCCCGGGGAGACCUCCAGGUAGCAUCAAAGCGCUCUCGCGCCUUGCAAAUUUAGGCUACGCUUGUGGCGGUGCCGCCUUUCCGUACUCCAUGGUGCGGAGCAGAGGUGUGCACGGGGCGGGGGAAAGCAGCGGGAAAGUCAAAAAGCCCAGCGAGUAGCCAGGGGGGGCGGGGGGAGGAGGGCCGGGCGGAGCCGACGGCCACGAGGGAAGGCCGGAGCCUCGGCCCGGCCCGUGGCCGUCGGUAUCACGGGAGGGUUUUUCUGGCUCCAGCCUUGCGGAUUUCGGUUCGUCUCUUUUGUUUUGGGCCACGGCAGCCAGGAAAUGUUGAAUGUCAGAGGGCAUGAGGAGAACUCUGUGUUUGGCGGCCGGCUUAGGCGCAGAUUCCCGACUGAACCGCUCGGUGUUUCUCCCCCCGGAGUGAUGCUCACGGCUCAGGUUUCACUCCCCCCCUUCUGCCAUUCGAAAUGGAAGCUUGCGCAUUAAGCAGCUGAAAUAGGCAGGAAACCAUUAUCUGCCUCUUGGCUCGGGAAGUAAGCCUGCACUAUAGUAAAGAUCCCAUCUAGAGGAAUUUUGAACCGGUGAUGCAGAGCCAUUCGGAGCCAUUUGAGCUAAGCCUUUUUGUUUGUUUUGUUUCGCAAUGCCUUUUUUAAUGAGAGGAAGUAGAGGGUAGUGUAGAGCCCCACUUCGGCUGUUCUGUCCCGGUCCUCUGGUGUUUUGUAGAUAUUCAGCCACUUGGAAAGCUGAUUUGUUUUCCUUCCCCUAACCCCAGUACGAGAUUUAAGUUCAGGUAGGUACUCAUUGGUUGGGUGUUAGUCAAUUUAGGGACGUUCUCAAGUGUUUUUUCUUUAUCAUCUGCCUGUUAGCGGGAGUGUUUUGUGGCAUUCUGCGCUGUAUUUUUGACUUGCUUGAGGGUGCAUUUUCCAAACGCUGCAAACGCUUCACAUCACAGUCAGUAACUAGUUUAUAAGCAAUUGCCUAGUAAGUUUCUAAUGUAGUACUUAAUUCUAGAAAGAGAAUGCUAAAUGUAAAAUAAAACAAAAUAUUCUUGAAGACUGUAAAUAACUAUAGUUUCUGCAUUUUGCUUUUUAUGUGCUUAGGUACAGUAGCUAAUGGGUUUGUAAGUAUCUAAUUUGUUUAUUAGCUGGAUUAUUUUCAUGGUGCUGCCAUCCCCCCCACCCCUUUCCCGGUUUUCUAGAUAUUCAGAAUACAGUUAUCCCAUUGUGUGAGCAUUUUGGCUGUAUUUAAGUUUAUUUCUACCAGAGGGCACAUUCAUAACAGCAAACUGUAAAGCUGGUAAAAACAGGAUGCAGUUUACUGCAUUGUUAGACCCGAAAUAUUAAGCAAUUCCUAGGAAUUCAUCUCUGCAUGAAAGGUGAAAAAAUAUGUUCACUGGUUAAACUAUAAAUACCUUUCUUGGCUCCAGUACGACGACCUCAUCCAAAAGAAAUGUUCCAUUUUUAGCCCAGUUUGUUUUAAAAAUAAAAUAUCUAUUUAAAACAUUGAGAACACACACAAUAUAUACAUAUAUGUAUACAUAUAUAUAAGUACUUACACAUAUAUUUGUAUAUAUUUGGAGAGAGGGGAAAGCACCUACAUCUCCUGGAUUUGAAAGGAACGCUUUAUAUCGAUUUGUAUUCUGAAGAUCACCGGUUGGCAUUCAGUAUCAGAAACCUUUGGGCUUGAAACAAAGUUUCCAUAGAAAGGUAAUUUAAAACUCUUAGUGUGUAAUUUCAAAUACCCUCGAGUCUCUGCAAUUUUUGUAGGUUUAGAGGACCAGAAAGAAAGCCGAUGGGGUUGAUUAGAACUUGAGCGGGGGAAUAAGUUGGCCUAUUCAGGCCAGCCGUCCUUUGAUACGAACUCUGAUUGCACUCUUUGACGCCUUUCGAAACGGAUGUCAUAUUUCGUACCUUUUUUAUUAGGAAAAAAGCAGCAAGCCUUCAGGUGUUCCCCUGAUGCCUGACCCAUACUGAGCUGGACUUUGUGCUGUACUUUACAGUAAGAGGUGUCGAAUUGUAUUUGGGGACUGUGUGUGCAUUGAAAACUGAGACAGUGAACCUCAACUCUCUCAGCGUUGCACAGCCCGUAGAGAUGCGAUCUUGGAUGGCCUCGUAGCCGGUGGGUAGCGUAAUGGCAGCUAACCUGCUCUUAGACUAGACUCUCUUCAGGCUGAUGCCAUCGAUUCCAGCGAUGUGUUCUCUCCCUCGACAGACUUUUUCUCAGAGUGGAGAAAACCUUUAGGAAUUUCCUCGGCGCGGUGUAACUUCCGACCCAGGCGAAAAAAGGCUUCCGUGCUCAUUCGCUCUCAGGAUCCUGCCUUUAACCGUGUCACCAGCUGGUUUUCAGCACUGGGCUCCUCUGACGGCCCGGCCGAACUCGCUGUCGGAAGCUUCCAGCCACCUGCGGUCGACUGUCCCGAGCCCGGGCGUGGCACCGCCAUCGGCCGGGCCAGGGUAACGUCGCACGUCGCCGUCGCCUCUGUACUUUACCCUCUCCUCACCUCCCCACCGAAUCCCUCCCCACCCCUCCCUUUCCAUUUCUUGCCUGCUGCAUCUUAUUCAAAUGGUGCUCUGCCGCGGGUCGGGAGGUGACGCAGAUGCAUUCUUGUAAUACCCAUGUGAUGGAUCGCGUACCCGAGGAUUUUGAAGAAUUCAAGCCGAACAGGCGGGGUUCGUUCCGGUGUCGACUGGUGUGAUCAGGUGAGGCGUCCCGGGGCGGAAAGGGGGGACGGUGUCAGUUGUGAACACGGGUGACGGCGGAACGGCUGCUUUUGGAGCUGGGAUCAGAGCUGCCUGGAGGAUUGGAUUUGGGUGCUGCUGGGUCUCCUCGGCCCCCAGUUUUCGCCCCUCUUGUGAAGGAUUUCCCGGGGCCACACCGAAGAGGAGCAAAGUCCAAGAGUGACAUGUGAAUGAAGUCUUACACUAUUUUUUGCUUCUCCUAUAUAAUCUUUGGAGUACAUUGUGCUUUUUUUUUUUUUGGUAACACUGUCUCUUGUCAUGGUAAACACUGAAGUAGCAUGUUCAACAAUUGCCUAUACUUUGACGUUAGAAGUCAGGGGUCGGGGAAACUGGCGUUUUUCCCUCAUGAUCUGACCUUUCUUUCAAGGAAAAUUGCUAAUUUUGUACACCGUAAUUCUGCUCAUCAUCAAAGAGGGUUCACUGUUUUGUAUUAACACUGUCAGUCAGAAAAUGAUCUACAAUUCAAGUAAGUUUGUUUUCCUUCUUUUUUUUUUUCUUGUUUUUUUUUUAAGUACUGGAUUUGUAAUAUGUUUUAUUUAUAUGCAAAUGAAGCCUUAGCAUUUUAACAAACAGGGAGCAACUCCAAUGGUAACUGCUUCUCAUUUUCCUACCAAAAUUGGCUUUGCUCAACUAAUCAAUCUUUGGAAUCAGAUCAUUUGGUUACCUGUAUUUGGUGUCUUGCACUGGCUAUUUUCAAAAUACUGGCACCAUAUUCAGACCAAAUCUCUAAUAUUUGACAAAACAAAGUGUGUUUCAUUUUUAAUAUUUGGGUGGACUUUUUAAAGUAAGUUAUUUGGUUUGAAGUCCCUUUCAGCAGUAUAUUAAUAUUUAGAGGGAAAUUUAAUCCCUUCUGUAUUCACAGAUCUAGUGCUACAUGGGUGGGGGAAGGAUGCGUGCUUGUGUCUGUGAACCCGUUAUCAUAAAACAGGAAUCCCCUGAGCACCGUCUCGGAACUCAGGCA